AAAACAAUGGCAGUAGAAAUAUGGAAUAGAUUGAAAUAAGCACAGAAGAAAAAGAAAUCUCAUUCCAUUCCACGUCAAUUUCAUGAGCGAGAAAGUGCUAAGAGAAACAAAACUGACACACAAAAAACUCAGAAAACGAAAUCAAACUCACACACUCACCAAAACCAAAACGCAAUCAAAAUACCUAACAUUCGCUGAUUCAAUUUCAUUCUCACAUCUUCAAUUUCCGUUAUUCUCAAUCUAUACUUUUCGAUUUUUAUUGAAUUCGCAAUCGUGAUUUUCCCCUAUCAAUGGAGUAGUCGUGUUUUUUUUUUAUCGCGAUUGGUUUGAAUCGCGCUUUGUUGUGUUCUCAGUCGGUAGCGUGAUUCCGAUAAUUUCGAGAUGAGUAUGCCGAAGCCUAAUCAGGUUGCAGUUAGAGACCUCGUUGAGGAAGCUAAGAAACGAAUUGUUAUUCUCAUCGUUUGUGUCGUUGGACUCUCCUAUCUCAUGUCAUUGACAAGCUCCUCAGUUUGGGUCAACUUGCCUACUGCAGCCUCCUUAAUUAUUGUUUUCCGCUAUUUAUCACUGGAUUAUGAAAUGAAGAGAAAAGCUGCAGCAUACAACAAUAAAGCAGGCUCCACCAGUAUUCAGUCUUCAAAGUUGCCUAUCGAAAAUCCUAAAGCAGUUGCAAAGUUUGAGUGGCGAGCAAAAGUGAAUUCUCCUGUUGUUGAGGAUGCAAUUGAUCACUUCACCAGGCAUCUGAUUUCUGAGUGGGUAACAGAUCUUUGGUACUCUCGCUUAACACCGGACGAAGAGGGUCCUGAGGAGUUGGUGCAAAUAAUUAAUGGUGUGCUUGGUGAAAUUUCAGGACGCAUGAGAAAUAUAAAUCUGAUUGACUUUUUGAUAAGGGAUCUUGUUAAUCUCAUUUGCACUCACUUGGAGCUGUUUCGUGCUGCUCACUCAAAGAUUGAAAAACAACACACAGGUUCAUUAACAAUUGAAAGUCGAGAUUUGGAACUAAAAAUUGUGUUGGCUGCAGAAGACAAAUUGCAUCCUGCUUUAUUCUCUUCUGAAGCUGAGCACAAGGUUUUGCAGCAUCUGAUGAAUGGUCUUAUGUCUGUCACUUUCAAGUCUGAGGAUUUGCAGUGUUCUUUCUUUCGAUAUACUGUCAGGGAGCUUCUUGCAUGUGCUGUAAUGCGACCUGUCCUAAAUUUAGCCAAUCCAAGAUUUAUUAAUGAACGAAUUGAAUCUGUGGUAAUUAAUAAAACCAAGGUUAACAAGGGUGUUGGUGCAGCAAAAGGGGUAUCCCACACUAAAGCAGAUGAGUCACAAACUUCAUCUGACCAUUUUUCCAAGUAUUUAGAUCCUUCCGUUACUGGUGUUGAGCUUAUGCAGCUAAGCAAUGGUCAAUCCAGAAAUGCAGAGCCAUCUGCAGAAAGAAAUGCUCGUGAUAACAUUUCUAGAGACCCAUUGCUUUCAAUUGAUGCUCGAUCUUCUCGUUCAUGGAACUCAUUGCCUGAAAACUCCCAAAUUAAUGGUGACCAAGGUAUUCAACGAAAUCGCUCAGGAGGAGAGUGGGGAGAUAUUUUAGAUGUCGUUUCUCGAAGAAAGACCCAAACUCUUGCUCCAGAACAUUUUGAGAAUGUGUGGGCAAAGGGCAAAAAUUACCAGAAAAGGGAUGGAGAGAACCAGUCAAAUGAGCAAGUCCCACAACAUCCCCCAAAAGGGAAAUCAGCCAAGGUAGAUCAUAUGAAGGCAAUAUCUGGACCCAAAGAAAAAGAUACUAGAUCGAAGCUUAAUCCCUCUAAGGGAGGCCACAUUAAUUCUGGAUACAGCAGUCAAUUCACUGUUGAAGAUGCAUCCUUUCAUGGAGACAAGAACGGAUCAACUUGUUCUUCAGUUACCUCAUAUAAAGGUGAUGAGCACAACCACAGUAGUAUGCAGAUCAGUGAAUCAGAGAGCAAUACUUCUUAUACUUCUGAAGAUGAUGAAACUAGUGCUGUUACUGGUCUUGAUUCCCCUGGAACUAAGGUUUGGGAUGGGAGAAGUAAUAGAAAGCAAGCUGUUUCUUAUGUUCAUCACCCACUUGAAAAUUUUGAUAACCACAGUACAAAGAAGAAGAAUAAGAGCCGUUCUCGCUAUCCAAGAUUAUUCAGAACCCAGUCUGGCAGUAAAAGGUCUAGACCAAGCGAUCACAAAACACAUAUGUGGCAGGAAGUUGAAAGGUCAAGCUUUUUAUCUGGUGAUGGUCAAGAUAUACUUAGCACAUCAAAAUCACUUGUGAACUCGGAGGAUUCCUCUGAUGGUGCUGAUUUUGAAAGUUUGGGUAGAAUUUAUAGUGGAGCAGCUGCCUCUUCUUCGUCCUUAAUUUCUAAAUCAGAAUCUUGUAGUUUGGCUGUUAGUACCCUGAAAAGUUCUUCUUCUGUAGAUUCCUUUUACAAGUUGAGAUGUGAGGUUUUGGGAGCAAAUAUUGUGAAGAGUGGUUCAAGAACGUUUGCCGUUUACUCUAUAUCCGUUACAGAUGUAAAUAAUAACAGUUGGUCUAUUAAAAGAAGGUUUCGUCAUUUUGAGGAGCUGCAUCGACGCCUGAAAGAGUUCCCUGAGUAUCAUCUUCAUUUACCACCAAAACAUUUUCUGUCAACUGGUUUAGAUGUAGCAGUCAUUCAAGAGCGGUCUGAAUUGCUUGAUAAAUAUUUGAAGAAACUUAUGCAGCUACCUACAGUUUCAGAAUCAAUUGAACUAUGGGACUUUCUGAGUGUUGACUCUCAGACGUACAUAUUCUCAAAUUCUUUUUCUAUCAUGGAAACGUUACCAGUUGGCCUGGAUACGACGAAGCCAUCUGAGAAGACUAAAAUCAGUUCUGAAAGUAAAGAGGCUGUUUUGCGAACAAGAAAUAAUGCUGUGGCUGAUGGAGUGAGGCCAAAAGUAAAUAGCAUGCCUCUUUCUCUACCAACAAAAAAGAAUACACGGGAAUCUAGACAGUCAUUUGACAACUCUGGAAGCAACACAGAUGUUCUAGCCUGGAAGAGUGCAUCUUCUCCCAAUAACUUGCCGAAGUCAGUGAAAGGGAGAGGUAGUUCAGACGUGGCCUCCGAUGUGCACCAUGAUACUGCUGACACUGUUCCAACAGAGUGGGUGCCACCAAAUUUAAGCGUGCCCAUAUUAGAUCUGGUUGAUGUUAUCUUCCAGCUGCAAGAUGGUGGAUGGAUUAGGAGGCAGGCUUUCUGGGUUGCUAAACAAGUCUUACAACUAGGAAUGGGUGAUGCCUUUGAUGAUUGGUUGUUAGAGAAAAUUCUGCUUCUCCGAAAGGGAUCAGUGAUUGCUUCAGGGGUCACGCGAGUUGAGCAAAUACUCUGGCCUGAUGGAAUUUUCCUAACCAAGCAUCCUAAUCGACGACCACCACCUACCAGUCCAUCUCAGAACUCACCUACUGGACAUCAACCUACACAAGUGUCUUCUCCAAGGAUGGACGAUGAGCAGCAACAGGAGGCAGAUCGGCGUGCAAAGUUUGUAUAUGAGCUAAUGAUUGAUAAUGCACCACCAGCAAUUGUAGGUCUUGUUGGAAGGAAAGAGUAUGAACAAUGUGCUAGGGAUCUUUACUUUUUUCUUCAGUCAUCUGUUUGCAUGAAGCAGCUAGCUUUUGACCUCCUGGAGAUGCUGCUUUUGUCAGCAUUUCCAGAACUUGAUGAUGUAUUCAAGCAGGUGCAUGAAGAAAAGCAUAAAUUUGGCGAGUUGAUAAAGUAAAUAUAAUCAUUUUCGGCCAAAGUAGGGAGAAACAAAGGUGUGAAUGUUGUUUUCCAAGUUACAUUUUUGUCUUUUAAUUGUCCCUUGCGACAUUAGUCUCUGCACCCAGCCUCCUAUUUCUGCCUGAUGAUGAAUAGAAAGGCAGUUAAAUUUUAAAAUAUACGGCAUCCUGUAAAUUUUGUUGAGAUUAAUGCAAUCACUUGAAAGAUUAUAUGCUAAAGCUUUUUCAAGCCAACAGCUAUCUAGAUUAUAUGCUCACACACUUACUGCUGGUACUGCAUAUAGUUCUUAAUUAUAGUCUUUAAAGUUUAAACAGAAAUUUCAUACGCAAUAUUGUACAAGUAAUUAUUAAACAAAGCAGUGAGAUCAUUGAAUGUUUCUUUUCAGUGGGGAAA